AUGGCAAAAGAAUCUUUAUCAAACACCGAUAUUUCAAACAGUAAAAUUUUAUACAAAGAAGAUUUAAAAACAGAAGAAUACAAUUUACUAAAAGCUGAAAACACAACACUAAAAGGUGAAAUAAGUCUUUUAAGACAAAACAUGCUCCAACUGGAAAAAUCUAAUUAUGAAUUAAGAUUAGAAAAAAGUGAGACAAACAAGUCAAUGUAUCUUAACUCUAAAAAAGCAGAUUUAGAGCUACUAAAAAUUCAAUGCAAAAUAAAUGAAAAUAAACCUUCAAUAUUUAAAAGAUCUGCUAAUUCAAAUUAUAUUGAUGUUAAAUGGGCCUUAGAACACUCUAACUCUGAUAUAAAUUUUAAAUUAGAACCAUUUGAAUACAAUAGGCUUAAGUUUUUUAAAGAAUACUUUUACAAUGAUUUUUAUCAAUUUGACACUAAAGAAAUUAUAAAAUAUAUUGACAAGUUUAGCAAAGAAAAAUAUAAAAAAUUUUUAGAUUAUUUUGAACUUUUUGCAUGUAAAUUGGAUGUAUUUAAUAGAUUUUUUCAUUUAGUAUUUAUUAAUAAUCACUUUAUUGAUAAAAAAGUAUUACUUUUUGAUCAAAUACCACUAGAUUGGAUUAUUAACUUUAGAAAUGGUGAUGCAUUGCCUUUACUUAAAGAAUUUAUUGAGCGUUACACUGAAAAAAUGAUUAUAUUUAUGUAUCGGGUUAUUUUUGAAAGGCCUUUUAUAACUAAUUUAUUAAUUAAUACAAAAACUUUUACUAAAAUGAUUAGUCAAAAUGAUUACACAGUUAAAUUUUUAAAAAAUAUAAUAAGUGAAAAGGGAGGAUUAAAUCUUAUAAAUAAACAUAAUAUUCAUUUAUUUAAUAAAGAGCAGCUUAAAAAGAUUUACAAAGAUGAUUAUAUGGACAUUUUAUAA